AUGCUCGCAUUCGCUACAGGAAUCCACAAGCGACACCUCAUCCAGCCCGUGUGCUUGGCAGACACCACUUCCUCCAUGCUCGUCCCUAUUCCCCGUCAUAUCAUUCUGGCUAUGCCUCUUCUGCGAGCACAUCAUCUUACCCCCGGGUCACAAAUUACAACCAAUCCAUUGAAAAGUUUAGGACGGAACCAAGAUUUUUCACAGACUACUUUCCAUUUAUUUGAUUUCACCCUCCAUCUGGCGGUACGAAAUACAAUAUCGACUCUGCCCGUUCUCUCUACAUCACCGCCUUUGAGAGACAUUCUCAUUCACCGACUGGAGGAAAACAGGGCACUCACCGCUAAUCUCAUCCUUCAAUGUAUUCUGGACAAGUUCGCCCAUAUUCCGGAGGAGUCUGACACGAUACUUCUCCAUCGAUCUCUUUUCACUAUCGUAUCCUCUACUGUCCAGCUCUCCGUCCAAUCUGUACCCAUCGACAUCGCUUUACUGAAAAACAAAAGUAUCCAAUGGAUAUCUCUUGUUUUGCGAUUUUGCCUUGGAAUAUCAGCCGGAAUGUUCAUGACUUGUUCAGGGUGCAGGUUCACGCUGUAUUGCUCGCGGACAUGCCAAAAGAAUGACUGGUCAUCUGGUAAUCACCGUCCCCUUUGCGCCAAGAUCAGGCAACUCAGAAAUGAUACUCGCCUUCUGCCGACGUCUUUGAGCGAUCGGAGGGCCAUUGAGAACCUCAAUAGCCAAUAUCUGGAGUAUCAUAAACAGAAGCCUUCGGAAUGGGAUGAUCUGUUGGACGAGUAUAUUGCAGAGAAUGGAGAGCCUUUUUGGCCCUUGGUCUUGGUCUUGGAUUAUCGUGCUCUCAAUGUUGAGCCUGACAUUCAGAUCGAGUCUUCGCAGUCCGAGAGGGAACGGGGAAAAUUAGAGACGGGAGGGAGAGAGGCUAUGCAUGUCAGGAUAAGAUAUUUCACUUAGGCCAAGGGCAUCGAGGAAAAUGAACUGUCAAAUGGAG